GAGGCCGCAUUCUCCCGAGGGCACAACUUGUCCAAAUCUGAAGUCCAGGCUCGUCGACAGCCCCCGGUACCUCGACCUUCAGGAAAAUCCUCUCCCAUCCCCCUUACCCCCUCUGUCAGAGCAUGGCUCAGGAGACCAAUCAGACGCAGGUGCCAAUGCUUUGCACUAUGGGAUGUGGUUUCUAUGGUAACCCCCGCACCAACGGCAUGUGCUCAGUCUGCUACAAGGAACACCUGCAGAGACAACAGGGAGGUGGGCGAUCCAGCCCCCCAGGAGAGAAAGCUGCGACGUCACCAACAGGAUCACCGGGAUCCGCUGGCGUGACUGUGGACAGCACAAUCUCGGAGCCCAGUACAGAGGUGGCGGGGACCCCACCAGAGGAACAAACUACCAGUCCUAGUUCUCCCAGUCCAGUUACACAACAGAUGACGGCUAUGAGCAUCUCCCAGGACUCGGGAGCUGUAGACUCUGAUCGAGCGGAGGCUGAGGAGGGAGAAGAGGAGGGUUCUUCCAAUAGCACAGAGCCAGUAGGGGAAGCAGCACAGGCGUCAUCUGACGGAGACCAAACCCCUGAUAAAAACAAGAAGAAGAACCGCUGCUUUUCUUGCCGGAAGAAAGUGGGCCUUACUGGUUUUGACUGUCGCUGCGGCAACCUGUUCUGUGCCAUUCACCGUUAUUCUGACAAACACGACUGUCCAUAUGAUUACCGGAGUGCAGCCGCUGCCCGCAUACGCAAGGAGAACCCUAUCGUUGUGGCUGAGAAAAUUCAGAAGUUAUGAGGACUGAGUGCAUAAGAGAGUCUCCGACUUUGUGGAUUUGAACAAUGGCGACCUGGAUGAAAACACACCUGAUAUCAUGGCUUCAUUUGUUCAUGGUAGUCGAUGAUGGGCGGGCGGGCGGGGUGGGGGUGGUGAGGUCGCAGCCACUGUCCUGACACUUCCCUUACUAGCCUCUCCCUCUCUCUCCGCUAGUGUCUGUGGCUGAGCCUGUGUGUGUCUGUGUUUGUAUGAAAGCGUGUGUGUGUGUGUGUUAGCUUGAGAGUCGGGGAGAGAGUCGUAGGGGCUUUGUGGACAUUUGGGUUGCUGUGGGAAGGGAAGGUGUUUGAUUUUAACCCCUUUUUUGUUUCUCAACGUUGGGGGGAUCGUGUGGAUUUAUUUUUAUACAGUCCCUGUAAGAUUGGUUGGUUGGAAUGAGACGGGGAUAAGCUGUUAAGGAAUGUGUCGCAGCCUGGAUAACGACACUGAGGUCAAUUCAGACGUGUCUAAAAAACAAAAAAUGCAAGAUUUCAUGUAUCAGCAAGACCUUUUAAGGGCUUUGGAAUAUAAAUCUUUCCCCCAGACUGAAAAUGAUGUCAACUUUGUGUCAAAUUGGCAUUUUUUUCCCCCCUUCCACCUCUACAAACCUUUAUUCAGUGGGUCACCACACGUUGAGCUCCCAAGUCUCAGCAUUUUCCAGAAAUGUUUCUCUUUGAUACAUCGACUUAUCAUACUGAUAUUGGGUGCAUGGACAGUUAUCGGGGUGGGGAGGUGAGGGCAUGGGUAGAGGCGACUGAGAACCUUGACUUACCUGAGUGAUUGAAUUCUGUAUUAUUUUUUUUUCCUUUCUGUUUUAAUGAGCGUAUGACAUCAGAAGAUCUAUAUUAAUAUAUUGUAGUUAGCUUGAAUUGUGUGAUUGCAUUCUAUUUAUUUUUAUGGUUUGGUUGGUCUGUGCUGGAGGAUUGGCAGCAUGUGUCAGCAAGUCACUUCAAGAUUUGCGUUUAACCUUUUCAAUCGUAUUAAAUUAAUUCCAUCAUAAUUGUAUAACCGUUAAAGAAAAAAAAGAUAAACACAUGAUGGAUUAGUCCAGUUAAGCCAUUACAUUAAGACAGUGCAGUAAAAAUGUCCAUUGUUUUUGGAUUUAGAAACAAAGCACAACAAACUGUGUGUCAACUGCAGAGCACCAGACCAUGUGCCACACCUACUCAGUUUUGUUCAGCAUCUUUGGUCAUUUGCAGUUUUUGAGCCGUGUUGUAGCCUCGCUGAGGGAAUAGUUGUUUGAUAGAGGCAGCGUGUUCUCUUUGAAUGCCCUUUUCUGUUCAAUGGAGUCAGAGUGAAGCUCCAUGUUUCUCUAACCACCAGCAGACCACUGGCACGUGCUGAAUGAAAACCGACGUGGGUCACAGUCGGCGCUCCGCGUUGACACCGCCGCUCAGCUAACGUUAAGAUUGUUGCAAAGCUACAGAGUCGCAAGCUGUGCUUUUUUUCUUUCUUUUUACAAAGCGCUCCCAAUUUAGACGAGCGCUUCUUCGCUGGCUUCUCCUCGGGAAGACCGAUGCCACAUGCAUGUGUGCAGGCAGACCGUUUCGUACCUGACUGCACCGACUGUGAAAUGAAGCUGGAAUGUUAAAAAAAGCCACACAGCAGUAGCACAAUGCAUGGCUGGAACCUCGAGGUUCAAGUUAACAGGACUCCACAGUGUUUUCUUCCAAAUGUAAAUACCAUAUGGCUCCUAUUCAUAUAGUAUAAUCUUAUUGUAGAUUUCUGCCAGGUAAAAGGUGGGGGACUAAGGUGAAGAAUAGUACUAUGUGUAUAAAAGUGCUUUUCAUAACUAUCCCAAAAAAAAAGUGCUGCAAAUGGCACAGAUAUUAAAAAAAAAUCCCCCUUUAUUUACAUCUACCUGUGUCAUGUCCAGUUACAGUAUCUGUCUACCAUGAGUAUGUCACGUGGAUUCUAUUAUUCUAUUGUUUGUUCCCCUCUUAUCAGAUGAUUAUGAAGUCCCACCUAAGAUUAAAUAAUCUCACUUUAACACAGUAUUUCAGCUCUUUCGUUUACCCUGUUACUGACGUCUAUUCAUAGCACAUUGAUAUUACUGAAACUUUAAGAGGCCUCUUGUGAGAUGCGGAGGUGCCAUUGAGGAGGUUUAUUUUUUGUUAGUUUUUUCCAUUAUCAGGAGCUUUCCUUGUACAUGUUGCUUGAUCUUGAUGUGAAGUUGCAGGGAAUGAGCAGAGUGUGUGUGUGUGUGUGUGUGUGUGUCAAGAAGCCAGUGCAGAAUGGGUUGGACAUGGACGACACUUUUCCUUAUAUACAAAGAACAUUAUGCUAGACCUUGGAAUAUUGGCCUUAACCAGGAUUCAUGUGGAAGUCUUGGUGAUGAUGGACUAGGACUUUCUCCCUGGGAGUGGUCAUAAAUCCGACUGUGAUUAAAAAUAUUCCUCCCGUUCACUAGUUGUUGAAAAUUUGAAAAGUUUUACAGGACUUAAUGGGGAUUGUUGAGUGAUAAUUUGUACAAUUAUUAAGGGGACUGACCAUGUGGUGGGAGCAGCUUUCUGUUCUCCGCAGCAUAUCUUUUAUAUUUAUUCCCUUGCUUGCUGAGUUGGAAACCAUUUUAAAUAUAGUGGCCUACAGAAUGUUCACUUUUCAGAUUAAAAAGUCCUUUCAGCAAAAAAAGAAAAGAAAAAGAAAACGCCCUUAAAUGGGAGGAUUGUUCUGUUUCGUAAAUCGUGGAUGUCACGUAGUGUUUCUCUUAUUGACUGCUUAUAUCACACCCGGGGUUUUUUUUUUCCUAGUCUUCAUGAGCAGUUUGAAUGUAAACCAUAAAAUUCACACAACAAGCUGUAAUAUCAUUUAUCAUAACCACACCACGCGAACAUUGAUUAGGCCCAAUCUUCAGACAUGCGAUAUUGGACACUUGUGUAGUUAAUGUGACUGUUUAUGAUGAAGGACUUGGCACCAGCAUUUAGGGCAACCAUACCUAAGAAAUGUAGAUAACAUCAGUACAUACAGUAUAUGUUUAUCUUCCUUCUACUCUGUUGCUUUAAUAUAAGUUUGAUGUCUUCAGUCCCGUCGUCCGUAGCACAACCUUUCAUAAUCAGUGUCUUCAUCACUAAGGGUUUUUAUUUUAUCAUGAACCUGCCAGUGAUGAUGAGUCUGUUAACUGCAGAUAGAAGGACAAAAAAAAUGAUUCACUCGUCUUUCAGUGUGAGCUUGAGGGACAUGAUUUGUAAUCUGCAAUGUUCACAAAGCUGUAGUUCUUGUCCCUUGGCACUCCAGUCCCCCAGAAACACCACCAGAUAUCUUUUUUCUUUUUUUUCUUUUAAAGCUUUAGGAUUGUAUGAUGUGUAAGAGUAAGUACAAAACAAUAAAAUCACAAAGUUUAUUUUAAAUUA